GCGCCUUCCUGCGGUGCGGGGAGCCCGCGGCGCCGUCUGACUGACGUCACGGUUAUUGACAGGCUGCGGCGUCUGCUGUCAUGGUGGCUAGCGGCCGGGUGCAGCAUGUCUAGACUGGGGUCCUUGGGCGGUGCCCGCGCGGGUCUGGGACUGCUGCUGGGCACCGCCGCUGGCCUUGGAUUCCUGUGCGUCCUUUACAGCCAGCGAUGGAAACGGACCCAGCGCCAUGGUCGGAGCCAGAGCCUCCCCAACUCCCUGGACUACACGCAGACUUCAGAGCCCGGACGCCAGGUGAUGCUGUUGCGGGCCAUCCCAGGUGAGGCUGGAGACGCUGCGGUGCUGCCCAGCCUGCCACAGGAAGGGCAGGAGAAGGUGCUGGACCGCCUGGACUUUGUGCUGACCAGUCUUGUGGCACUGCGGCGGGAAGUGGAAGAGCUGAGGAGCAGCCUGCAAGGGCUUGCUGGGGAGAUUGUUGGGGAGGUCCGAUCCCACAUGGAAGAGAACCAACGGGUAGCUCGGCGGCGAAGGUUCCCGUUUGCCCGGGAGAGGAGCGACUCCACUGGCUCCAGCUCUGUCUACUUCACGGCCUCGUCGGGAGCCACGUUCACAGAUGCUGAGAGCGAAGGGGGUUAUAUGACAGCCAAUGCCGAGUCUGACUAUGAGCGGGACUCCGACAAGGAGAGUGAGGACGCGGAAGAUGAAGUGAGCUGCGAGACCGUGAAGAUGGGGAGAAAGGAUUCUCUGGACCUGGAAGUGGAGGUGGAGGCAGCAUCGGGUCUGGUGCCCAGUGCUCUGGAGGCUGGAGGUUCCUUGGGCCUGGAGGAUGUGCUGCCCCUCCUGCAGCAGGCGGACGAGCUGCACCAGCGUGACGAGCAGGGCAAACGGGAGGGCUUCCAGCUGCUGCUCAACAACAAGCUGGCGUAUGGAAGCCGGCAAGACUUUCUCUGGCGCCUGGCCCGGGCUUACAGUGACAUGUGUGAGCUCACUGAGGAGGUGAGCGAGAAGAAGUCAUAUGCCCUAAAUGGAAAAGAAGAAGCAGAGGCUGCUCUGGAGAAGGGGGACGAGAGUGCUGAAUGUCACCAGUGGUACGCAGUGCUUUGUGGUCAGCUGGCUGAGCAUGAGAGCAUCCAGAGGCGCAUCCAGAGUGGCUUUAGCUUCAAGGAGCAUGUGGACAAAGCCAUUGCUCUCCAGCCAGAAAACCCCAUGGCUCACUUUCUUCUUGGCAGGUGGUGCUACCAGGUGUCUCACCUGAGCUGGCUAGAAAAAAAAACUGCUACAGCCUUGCUUGAAAACCCUCUCAGCGCCACUGUGCAGGAUGCCCUCCAGAGCUUCCUAAAGGCCGAAGAACUACAGCCAGGAUUUUCCAAAGCAGGAAGGGUAUAUAUUUCCAAGUGCUACAGAGAACUAGAGAAUAACUCUGAAGCUAGAAGGUGGAUGAAGUUGGCCCUGGAACUGCCAGAUGUCACUAAGGAGGAUUCAGCUUUCCAGAAGGAGCUGGAAGAAUUGGAAGUGAUUUUAGGAGAAUAAUCAGAUUUCGAUGGCCUUCAUCACUGGAGUGAUACCACUACUUAAAGGGGGGGAAAAAAAAAAAUCAAGGCUUUCUUCCUUAGACUCUACUAAGAUCAUCUGGUUUAGGAUUCCCCAACUUCUUGUCUUUUGUCAAUCAGUUAAUUUAUUCUAAUCUCUUACCUAAUCUAAAAUUGGGGAAGUAUUUGUGGCCUGCUCUCCCCCUUAAGUGAAUUUUUGAAAAAUCAAGACAGUCUAGCACCUGCCCUGGGGCUAAGAAUGGCAGAGCUCUGAAGGCUGCUAGAGCUGAGAGGAUGAAGUAGCAGCACUGUGCUGGUGAAGUGGAUGGACUUCAAAAAGUUACAGGAACAAAGCACAGAACUUGUCACGCUCUAAUAUUUUCACUAAUACUCAACACCUACAUAUACACAGUCCUAAGAUCACUACUUACCAGGUAAAAGGAGAGGUCAGAGCAGCGAACGGAUAUUGCUGCCUUAUCACCUAUCAUGUGGAUUCUACCUGUAUUUCUGGACUGGACCAUUUGAUUUCAUGUCCUGGAAGCUCUUGAAAUGACACCAGUGGCAUAGGGUUUAUGAACCUGUAAAACAAUGAUCUGAAGAGCUGCCUGGAGUAUAUUUUGGUACAAACUUGAAAUAAACCAAAUUUGAU